GUGGUUGGCCUGGGGAGGUUGCGUGUCCUUGUCCUCACACGCCCCGGUGCGGCGCAGCUGGACACGCUAUAGGUGACCACGUGUGCGUGUGUGGUGGAAGUCCUUUUUAUGGCAGUACACUGCACUGUCUGUCGGUCAUUCCUGAGUAAUCGUUCGCGUAGUACGGAUCAACGGUAGGUUUUCCAUCCGAGAAAUAAAAAAAAAUAUUUCCUACCAAUACAACACAAAAUAAGGAUAAUUGUGUGGUCCCGAAGGGGAACGAGGCAGUAAGCUCAAGGUUGAAGGAAAAUAUCGUUACACGGUUGAAAAUGUGGCCUAGAUAGUGCUGCCGAAGUGAGGUUAAGUGCAUUUCAUAACGGAUUGCAUACAUUUAGGGUGUCAGUCAGUGUGGAAAACCCCGAUGAUGUGUGGUGCCGGCGAAUGAAUUUUUGAAGCACGGAAGAAAAAAACCCUUGACAAAUUAGUGAAGUGAAGUUGAAAAAGGAAGUGGCGGAAUCAGUUCGACUCCGAUUAGCCUAAAUACGUUAGGGCUACUUUGCUGUUAGUUGAGACAGGACGACGUGUCACUCACAUCGUUCUACCGCGUGGGUUAGAUUCCGCACCGCGCCUCCAUCAACGUAAUUGGCCUUUCGCGGGGGACACAACAAACCCAGAGAGUUUGGAAGCCUGGCUAUCUCCCUAAUCGCCUCGUAGCCAGGUGUGAUUAGGCAAACACAACAAAAUUAAUGUGCUAGACAAACACACGUGUGUGUGUGUGUUUGCUUGGGGUGACAACGACCAUUGCUUAAUGCUUCUGGGAAUAACAAAUAAGUGAGCAAGUGAACGAAAUUUUGCUUUUUUUGCUUCCAUCAUUACUGCUAGGUGGAUUAGUGGCCCCCUUCUCCCUCUCCCAAAUGAGUGGUUGUGGUUUAUUUGUCGUGAGAUUCAAGUGAUAAACGCGCAAUGGUUUACAAACCGCCAGGGACCUCCUCGUCGACGCGGACGACCACGCGGAGUCCACCGUCGUCACGUGGCCAGUCGCCAGCGUUCCGCAGCGCGUUCGGCGGAGGUUCCUUCCGCAACGCGAAAUCAGUGACCAAUCUGAACAACUACCGCGACAACAACACCAACGCCCGGAACGUCCGCGGUGGUCGAGGUGGCCUGGGCGGAAGUGUCGAGUCCUUCGGAAAUGGUCGUAAAGUGAACAAUAUCCUCAAGGGAUCGACGAGUAGUUCGACCGUGAAGAGGUCGAACAGUUUGAACAACAACAUUAAGAAUAACAACAAUCGGUCCACCAGCAUCGAAAAAAUGAAUAAUGGACUUUACCGUGGCCGGAGUCCGCUACGGAAUUCCAUGACCAACCUGCAACAACAACAACAACAUCAUCAUCAACCGCCAGCCAAGAAUCAGCCGUUCCUGGUGCGGUCCAGAGGAAAUGACCGCGGCAGCAUCGACAACCUGGAAAACAUCACCCAGUCUUCGAACGGCAGCGGCAGCUCCGCCCCCGGCACCCCCGAGGACAACAUCAACGUGGUGGUCCGGGUGCGCCCCCUGAACGUCAAAGAGUCACGCAAUGCGGACGACAUGGUGGUGCAAUUCCCCGGCAACGGACAAAUUCUGUGCGAUGGAAUUCCGGCGGCCCCCGGCGGUGGUGGCCAAAAGUCAAAGCUCUUUUCGUACAACGUGGUGUUCGAACCGGGCGCCACCCAGGACGAUGUGGUGGAGUAUUCCGGCGUGAAGCGAUUAAUCGAAAUGGCCAUAGAGGGAUUCAGCUGUACGGCGUUCUGCUACGGACAGACGGGUUCCGGGAAAACCCACACGUUGACCGGUCCACCGGAACUUUUCUAUGGGAAACCAGACCCGCAGCACGAAUAUCAUGGGCUGGUCUUUCGAUCCUUCCUGUACCUGUUCAAGCUGCUCCAGGAGCGAAAGGACACCAAUUUUGUGCUGAAGGCCUCGUUCCUGGAAAUCUACAAUGAAAAGGUAAUCGACCUCCUAAACCCGGGCACCGCCCGCAAACCGCUCGCCGUCCGGUGGUCCAAGAAGUCGCGCGGUUUCUUCGUGGAAAAUCUCUUCACCGUCGACUGCGAGGAGUUGGACGACCUGCUGGCGGUCCUCGAGGAAGGUAUGCGGAACCGGUCCGUGGGUUGCCACUCGAUGAACGAUUACUCGUCGCGCAGCCACACGAUCCUGACGGUGCACAUCACGUCGGAGCAGCAAGCCGAAGGCGGGGUGUUUAUUUCGAAGCAAGGGAAGAUCAAUUUUGUCGAUCUUGCUGGCAGUGAGAUGACCAAGAAGACGCAUAGCGAGGGGAAGACGCUGGAGGAAGCGAACAACAUCAACAAGAGCCUGAUGGUGCUAGGGUAUUGCAUAGCUUCGUUGAGUGAUUCGAAGAAGCGCAGCGGUCACAUACCGUACCGGGACAGCAAGUUGACCAAGCUGUUGGCGGACAGUUUGGCGGGGAACGGCGUUACGCUGAUGAUCGCGUGCAUAUCGCCGGCCAGGUCGAACAUUACGGAGACGCUGAACACGCUGCGGUACGCGGCACGGGCCAAGAAGAUCCGGACCAAGCCCAUCAUUGUGAUGGACCCGAGGGAGGCGUUGAUCCUGAGCUUGAAGCGGGAGAUUGGAGCGCUGCAGGUCGAGAACGAUCAUCUGCGAUCGGCGCUGAAUCUGCAGUCGGAGUCACAGGAAAUUAACAGCCAGGUGGACUUUUUGGAGCGGAGACCGAUUCCGCGAACGCCACCCAAGCUGGACCUGGAGAAGUUGACCGAUAUGGAGGGUGGUGAGUUGAAGGACCUCGUUAAGGUGUACAUGCUGGAGAACCAAGCGCUGCGCCAGGAAAACUCCGAACUCUACUCAACGCGGGAAAUGAUCAUGCGCGACCAGGAGGUGGUCUGCCGAGAGAACGAAAGACUGCUCAAGAAGCUGGAGGAUGUGAAUUCGGUUUGCUGCCGGUCGCCGAUUAUUCCGGCUAGGCCGACCUUCUCGGCGGAGAUGCUCAACCUGUCCGCCAGUGGGGAGGACAUCUCGAACGUUUGGCCGGCGAACGCGUUGAGCGUUAGCAGCGAUAGCAUGGGGAGCGUUAGCGGACGGUACAAAAAUCAUGAAUCGCUGGAUGGGCGCGUUUCGGCGAAUGAGAACAAGAUUCCCGAGUUGCUGCAGAAGGAGCUGGACAAGAGGCGGAUUGGGGAUAGCAUCACGACGAUCGCCAACAACCUGAAGCGACACAACUCGUGGGAGAACAAUCGCUCCCCGGUCGGGACCAACAGCAGCCAGACCGUAAGGCUGGCCUCGCGGAAAGGUUCCGCCGACAGUCGCCACUCGGACCAAUCGUCGCAGCGGAGAACGUCCCAAACCCGGAUUAUAGACAUUAAACCCGCCUCGUAUCCGUACGCUUCCGACUCCGGGCUAGGGCUGGGCGCGUCGGCCUGGUCCUUGGCGUCCCGAAGGCCCCACAGCAGCAUCGUUGGCGAUGCCAAACAGUCGUCGCCGCUGCUGCUGCUGCGCAAGCACAACAACCAUUUUCUGAACAAGAGUCGAAGCACGGACGAGUCGGGCGAUCUGCUUCCGCUGAUGAAACGGAACAUCUUUGGCAGCCUGGUGUCGCUCGACGCGGACGGGAGCUCGUUCCGCCGUUGACGGUGAAGAGCAUGAUCAGCUAAAUCUUCGGCAAAAUUUUAACGAAGGAAAACUCGAUUGAAUCUUUACAAAACAAGCAGGGAUAGGAGUAAAUAGGAUAGGAAUGAUGUAAAAUCUGGUAGCUAAUUGAGAAGGAUUUGUUUGCGGGAAAUGUGCAAAAGUAUUAUUGUAAUAUUGUUCUUAGUAAAAAUGAGCACAUUAUGUUUAAUGUCACACAACAAAUUAAUAAAAAAAACCAUCAAGGGAUUAUUAGUAAUUUUCUACACAUUCAUUUGAUGACAUUCUUUAUAUUAGUUAGUUUUUUU